AUCGAUCCGCCCACCACUAGAGAGCGGCGAGUCGUUAGCCUCGUUAGCCUAGCGUGGUUAGAUGGGGGCUAAGCUGGGAGCUGCGUUUGAAAUUUGACCAGCAACUGGAUUCAAAUUGCCCGAAGAGGAAAAACAACAACGAUAUGCAGCAGUCAUGAAGCGGGUUCGCAACGAUCAGAUCCAGUACGCCGUGGCUCAGUACCUGAAGAGGAGGCAGUAUGUGGACACCGACGCCUCCCUGAAAGGAGCCAAGCUGUUCCAGUCGGCCGAGGAGAUGGCGGCCAGCCUCACAGUUCAGACGGAGUCGGGCUGCACCAACGUCGUCUCUGCGGCGCCCUGUCAGUCGGACCCUCUGCAGUACGAGACCCAGUACUCCAGGCUGCGCUCCUUCCUCUCGGAAACAGAAAUAUCCUGGGCGAAGGAGGUGAGCUCCAUCCUCUAUCCGCUCUUCGUCUACCUCCACCUGGACAUGGUGCGCUGCGGCCUGAAGGGGGCGGUGGAUGGUUUCUACAGUCGUUUCCACGGCGCCUUCCUCCAGGACAGCGAGCAGCGCGCCACCAUAGAGCAGCUGCGCCACGUCCUCAGCGCUCAGGACGUCGCGGGCAACCCCAAGCUGAGCGCUUUCCUGGAGCACAAGUACGUGGUUCACCUGACGGAGCCGGCCUACGGCUACCUGCUGCGUUACCUGCAGAGCGACGACAACAGCGCCCUCUGCAGGGCGCUCAGCGCGCACCUGCAGGUGGAGGUCACGGCCUCGAGGCGCACGGACUACCAGCUGUACGGGGCGGCCGGCGGCGCCGCGACCGCCCCGAACUCCACCUCCACCUCCACCUCGUCCUCCUCCUGGGCGGGCGUGGACGGGGGGGCCGAGGGCGGGGACGGGGUGGAGGUCCCUGCGGGGAUCCCGCAGAGCGAGGCGGCUCUGGAGGCCCUUCAGGACUGCAUCAAGAAAGUCCGCGAGGGGCCGCCGUCGCUCACCACCGUCUGCUUUUACGCCUUCCACCACACGGAGCAGAUGCUGAACACGGCCGAGGUGUCGGCCGACAGCCGGCUGCUGGCCGCCGGCUUCGACAGCUCCACCGUGAAGCUGUGGAGCCUCCGAGCCAGGAAGCUGAAAGCCAAACCCCACCAGGCCGACGUGUCGCGCAUCCACCUGGCGUGUGACGUGCUGGAGGAGGACGUGGACGAGGAGGACGGCUCCGGUAGCGAGAUAAAGACCCUGCGAGGUCACAGCGGCCCGGUGUUUCGCACGGCCUUCCUGACGGACAGCUCGGGCCUGCUGUCCUGCUCCGAGGACACCACCAUCCGCUACUGGGACCUGGGCAGCUUCACCAACACGGCGCUGUACCAGGGCCACGCCUACCCGGUGUGGGACGUGGACGUCAGCCCCUGCAGCCUCUACUUCGCCAGCAGCUCCCACGACCGCACCGCCCGCCUCUGGACGUUCUCCCGCACCUACCCCCUGCGCCUCUACGCGGGGCACCUCGCGGACGUGGACUGCAUCAAGUUCCACCCAAACUCCAACUACCUGGCCACGGGCUCCACGGACAAGACCGUGCGGCUGUGGAGCACCCAGCAGGGGGCGUCGGUUCGCCUCUUCACCGGCCACCGCGGCCCCGUGCUGUCGCUGGCUUUCUCCCCCAACGGGAAGUAUUUGGCCUCGGCCGGGGAGGACCAGCGCGUCAAGCUGUGGGAUCUGGCCUCGGGGACUCUGUUCAAAGACCUGCGGGGACACACGGACAGCGUCACCAGCCUGUCCUUCAGCCCGGACAGCAGCCUGGUGGCCUCGUCCUCUAUAGACAACUCAGUCCGGGUGUGGGACAUCCGCAACUCCCACUGCGGGACGCCGGCCGACGGCUCGUCCGGCGAGCUGGUGGGACAGUACACGGGAAACACCAGCAACGUCCUCAACGUCCAGUUCAUGGCCUGCAACCUGCUGCUGGUGACGGGGACGGCACAAGAGAAGACGGAGCAGUGACCACGGCGGCCGCCUCCGCCCUUAUUUAUGUUUCAGGGGAAAAAAAAAAACACUUGAACGUGUCCAUGUUUUGUCACUUUUUGUUUUUCUUUUUUUAUUGAAGCUCUGGUCUUUGUUCUCCUCGUUUAAUUCUCGGUGUAGACAAAGUUAAAUAUGUUUAGUUCCUCUUCUUCAGAAGCUUUUCUUAGGUUUAUUAUUUACCAAAGCAUGUUCAUUAGACGUCAGUAUUAAAGAAAGCAUCAGUCCCUCAUGUUACUGGGUUAAAGAAAAUAAAAACAAGAUGUUCCCAUGCGUUAUUAAUUAAGUAAGUAAUUAAUCGACAUGUGAACUGAAGGACGACAGGAUUUAAUAAAAAGUAACAGCGACACAUAAAAGAUGAGAAACUAGAAGCAAACUGUAUAAUCUCUAGUUACUAGUUGGAAAUCUCUCUAAAUGAUGUAAAUCUAAUCAAACUGGGAUCACGAAUUAACUCAGGAUCUCGCAGCUAAAGCAGCAUUUAUAAUUUAUGAUGAUGUUAAACACAAUGUUUUGGUGACAUCCAUCAGUUCGUCGAAACACAGACUAGUGUCGUGGCCUAAACUGGCUCCUGUGUGCAGAAUAUUUCCUGGUGUGUGCGAGUUGUACCUUCUCCUACACACAAUGUGUGUUGCAAGCACGGUUUGAGAAACACAACGUUGGAAUCAGAGUCAGAUCAGAAGAAUAACGUCAAGAAUAAAUGAAUAAAUAAAUGAACAAAUAAAAGGUCCAGGAUACGUUGGCUUAGCUUGGAAUAAAAAUAAAGACUCUUAACCUCCUGAGACCGAAGCAUUUGUUCGGAAUUCAUCUUAAUUUCUUUAAGAUGCAAUUAAUAUCUUCAGGUAUCUGGGAUUAGUAUAAAAACAAAUAAAAAUAAGAGUCGUCUUUGAACUGGACGUAGUUUUUGAAAGAAAUGAUGUGGACACAGGGUUUAUUAUUACACUGUAUAUUACAAUUAAACCAAAACAUAAAACUGGAAACGAUGAAAUCCCAACGUCCUCAAACGAGUACGUGUUAAUUUGUUAAAUUUUCAUGUCGUAUCAAACUAGAAAAUUUAAUUAUAAUAAAUAAACAAGUGAACUGACCCUUCGCUAACGAGACUAAAGUGUCUCCUCAUGAGGACAACGGGUCUAAAUGAAGCAGAAUAAACUGCAACCGACCUAAAACCUAAUGUCCACACACGAGGACCCUGGGUUUCAGGAGGUUAAAAUUUAAUUUUACUUUAAACCUUUGUUGAGAAGUUGAGAAUUUAUCACGUUUCUAACAUUAUUUCCCAUAUUUUGAGACUUGCCUGGUCUCGGGUCGCGAUGCGUUUUGACUUUUGACAUGAAAACAGGAAGUUGCCGGUAUUAUCUGUCACGUUAUGGACGGACUGGUUCAUCUGGGAUUAAAAUUAAAAUAAAGAAUGUGAUGAGUAUUGUGGCUGUAAACGGAGAUUAAACUGGUUUUACAUGGACGUUUCUAUCCCGUCAUGACUCAGCGUCAUUCCCUGUUCAAUGAUCCCAAAUAGUGUAAAUAUAGUUUAUUUUUGUAAAACUUCCAGAAAGGUUGAAAUAUAAAAACUUAAAGCUCAUUUGUUCCUGGUUAGUUUUCCUCCGAAGCUUCUUUUUUUCUUUGUUUUUCUUUUUAACAAGCAUUUCAUUCAUAAAUUCAUCCUUUCUGUUCGUCUGUGAUAAAGAAGAAAUAAAUAAAUAAAUAAGUGGAUUUAUCAGA